AUGUCCACCCCUCAGGGCAGCAAGGUGCUACGCACCUUCAUCAGGUCCCAUGCCAGUCCUGAGGAGAUGGCUCUGUCAUGGCUGCCACCUGCGCGCCUCAAGGGAGAGAAGGUUAAGAUGUCCGUUGGGUUGGCAGGAUCUGCCCUAAGGUGUCUUACUGACAGUUUGAAGGUGUUGUGGGUGCAGUGGCUCCAGGCACGUCGUGGUGGCGGCUGGGGGAAAGCACUGCUCCUCCGGCUGGGGCUCUGGGUGGUGGUGGUGGUGGGGUCUCUCCUCCACGGGGCAGGCAGCCAUCACUCACUGCCAGGCCAUCAGAUUGUCCAGCCGAUGAAACUGUCCCUUAGAGCAGGAGAAGCUGUAGGAGGAGAGGUGUCCUAUGCCCUCAGGGUGGAUGGGGUGAACCGCAUCAUCCACCUCAGGCAGAAGAGAGGACUUGUGGUGAAGAACUUGCCCGUCAUCACCUACACCCCCAGGGGGACAAGGGUGGUGGAGCAGCCCCAUGUUCCCGAGGAGUGCUUCUACCUGGGCUACGUGGAGGGCAGCCCUGGCUCCCUCGCCAUGCUCAGCACCUGCUCUGGGCUGAGGGGACAGCUGGAAAUUGGGAACCUGAGCUACAGCAUCGAACCUGUGCCGGGGUCCCUCACCUUCCAGCACCUUCUCUAUCAGCGAGAGGAGACCCAGAACAAGGCAUCGGUGUGCGGACUGAUGGAUGAGAUGACUGAAAACCAACCAGGUAGGAUGGGAGCUCAAAAACUCUUAGGAAAGCAAGACUUAUCUCAGAGCCUGAAGCACACCAUGUACGUUGAGAUUUUUGUCGUGGUAGACCACUCUCUGUUUUCCUUCAAAGGGAGCAAUGAGACUUCUGCGAUGCUUCUGGUAAUAGAUACGAUCAAUUUGUCUGAAACAUACUAUGGGCCUCUGAAGAUUCGCAUCUGCCUGAUCGGGCUGGAGAUCUGGACACAGAGAGACUUCAUCAGUUACAGCCAGGAUAUCGCAGAAGUUCUCAGAAAUUUUAAUGAGUGGGUGAGCAGGGAUCUUUCUCGGCGGAUGAAAUACGACAUUGCGCAUUUAUUUACCUACACGGACUUCGGACUAAACAUUGGCCUGGCCUACAUAGGUGGUGUCUGCCACCCUCGUUAUCAGUCAGCUGUUGUCUCCCACAUACGCAGGGAUUUCAGAACCUUUACGCUUGUUUUCACUCACGAGCUGGGUCACAGCCUGGGGAUGGAGCACGACAGAAAAGAGUGCGUGUGUGGAGAGGCCACCAACUGCCACAUGUCAGAGAACCUGCUCCAUGACGCCAGGGCUUUCAGCAACUGCAGCAGGCAGAGCUACCUCCACUUGCUCCGCCGCGGGGACGGCAGCUGCCUGCACAACGUCCCCGAGCCCCACACCCUCUUCCAGUUGAAGAAUUGUGGCAACAAAGUCAUAGAGGAGGGGGAGCAGUGUGACUGCGGGGGGUGGCGGGGGUGCCGAGAUGAUCCCUGCUGCCACCACACCUGCAGGCUGAAGCCCAGGGCCCUCUGCUCCGUGGGGCCGUGCUGCCAGAAGUGCCGCUUCCACGCUGCGGGACACAAGUGCAGGCUGGAGGUGGACGAGUGUGAUUUGCCUGAAUAUUGCAACGGGACUUCUGAGUGGUGCCCCCAGGAUUUGCACGUGCACGACGGGACGCCCUGCAGCAACGCCGGGCACUGCUACGGUGGGAGGUGUGUGAGCUACGACAAGCUGUGCCAAAAAGUCUUUGGGAAGGAAGCUCGGGGCGCUCCGGAAAGCUGCUUCAAAAAGCAGAACACCAAAGGGGAUCGAUUCGGCAACUGUGGGGGGGAUGGGGCUGAAGUUGCUUUUGUGAAAUGUAAACCCCAAGAUGCGCUGUGUGGGAGGCUGCAGUGUGUCAAUGUGAAGAGGGUCCCUGAUCUGGAAGGGUCUGAAACCAUCAUUCAGGUGCCUGGACCUGAGGGUUGGUGCUGGGGCACAGCUUACCACGCUGGCAUCGAUACACCUGAUAUUGGAGGAGGGCUUGAUGGCACCAGAUGUGGGCCCCAAAAGUUCUGUAUUAACAAGACAUGCACAGAUGCCACGGCCAGGUCAAAGUGUGAUGGGAAGGUUUUGUGUGGGGGGAAAGGGGUUUGCAACAACCUCAGGCAGUGCCACUGUGAAGCUGGCUGGGCUCCUCCAUACUGCCAGUUCCCUGGCCUAGGAGGCAGCCUGGACAGUGGCCCUCCACCACCUUUCACAGUGGCCAUGGAGGAGAUUGUCCACAGUGAAGUGUUUGGGAUGGUAAUUGGGAUGAUAGUUGCCCUUGCUCUCCUCAUUGUUGUAAUCAAAUGCAGACAGGCAAUAGCUGAGUUUUUCAGCAUAAGUUUAGCCAAAGAGAGAAGUGAGACUCCUGCAGCUAAGGAGCAAACUAUGGAUGGAGAAGAAUAA